AUGAAUCAACUGAGUGAGAUGAAUGCUAACGAAAGGACUGAUCCUGGGGCGAGCACAUUGAUUGAACAAUCCUUCGAAAGAGCAGGAACUAACUCAUCGACAGCAUGUGUAUCGCCUAUACUAGAAGGGAAGAGUCUAACAAAUAAUUAUAUUGAAUCGUUGUUAUUAAAUGCUGGCCAAAAUACCAACCAGGUAAUUGCUGCGUCUUUGGGUCAGAAUCUUGGGGUUGGCUUAAACCUUGGAUUUGGACUAAAUAUGAAUAUAGGAGUUAAUGAAUUGAACUCUAGUUUUCCUUUAAUACUACCGAGCCAGUUAUGUCAAGUGAAUAAUGUGUUGGGUGCAGUUCAAGCAGCCCUACCGGAUUGUUACAAUACAAUGCCAAGGGGCUACAACUUGAACAACCCGAUAAUUCCACAAAAUGUUAUUCCAGUAGCUGGAAUACCAAUAACCAAUUUUUCUGGAAUAGAAUCAGUUCUGUGUACCCAGAGCAAUUUGUUGUCUAAAGAGGAAAAUCAACCGGAUAUUAAUCCUAUGAAGUUGGAUUCUCAACAAUCAAUAAUCAAUCCAUUGUUACAAUCACCGUUACUUUCAUCAAUCGGAUCUCAGCCCUCAAUUAUUAAUCCAAAUAUAAUACCAAGAAUAUCCCCAAUAAUUAGCCCCUGCCCAGGUUCAAUUUAUCAGAAUCCCUUGGUUAGUGGGGUUGAUAAUUGUAAUAUUAAUAAAAUUAAAAAACCCGUGUUUCCACUUAAAAAAGAGACCACAAACAUAACAGAGGAAAAUGAUAAGCUUAAUUCAUUAUUAAAUUCCUAUUUUAAUAAUAUCGCUAGCCUAGCAGAUGCGCAUGAAAGAGUGAAAAAUUAUUUAAAUGCAAAUAGUGGUUUUGACAAAAGUGCUAGUAUUGUUUGUGGGGAUUCGACAAAAUUGCUUGGAAAUGUUGGAGUGCCAGAUUACGGUUUAAGCAACGUUCAAUUAGAGCAUAUUUCUAUGAAUAAUCUUACAAGUGGCAUUUCGCAAAGAAUAAUAAGUAGCAACACAGAACAAUGCAUUCCAGGUGAGCCGAAUGAUGUUUUUAAAAUCAGCCACACAAGAAAAUAUAGGUUAGGUGAUCAAGGAAGGGCAUUGUUGAAAAGUGAGUUGUCUGCCUACCUGAGGAAUCACCCCGAAAAAAGAGUCGAGGCAAGCAAAAUAGCAGAUAUUCGGAAUGCUACGACAAAGCAGCUUUGGCAAAUAGCGGCUAUGUGCGGACUUGAAGAGCGUUUUAUAAAUCUACAUGCACAAUCAAUUGCUCAAAGCAAAGGUAAAGUAGGCUUGAGAGGUGCAAAAAGAAAGCUAAACGCAAGCAUCAAUGAAUUAUCUAAAACUGCCGAACAGACGACAAGUGGAGAUUCUACUUUACCUACAAAUGUAACUGAUUCACCCGAGUUAGAUCCUAAAGCGAAUGCUACUAUCGAAAUAUCGGUUGCUAAGAGUAGCGAUUCUAACCAAAUAUCCUCAUCUGAAGAAAAUGCGGUUAAUAUCGAAGUAAAUAUUCAGACAGAAAUCAUUGAGGAUAAAUCGGUAAAUAUUGAAGGUGAAAUUAACGUUUUAGACACUGCUAAUGAACAUUUAAACUCCGGAUGGAGUGAAAUGAAGGAGAAUUCAAUCAUUUUCGCCGAUAAUGAUGUAAAGAGAAUGAGAGUAGAUACCUAA